UGUCUCAGAUUUGGUGUUACUUCUGCACCGUUUUCCCUAUCCCCUCCUAUUAUUCUUAUUCUUUUGAGUAUUCUUCAUUGUCAAGCCGCCAAAGUGGAGAGUGUGAUUGCAGAAGGGGGUGCUUCUCGUUUCAGUGCUUCUUCGGGGGGAGGAGGUGGUAGGGGUGCACCUCAGCACUAUCCCAAGACUGUCGGCAACAGCGAGUUCCUGGGGAAAACCCCAGGGCAAAGCGUUCAGAGAUGGGUUCCUUCACGAAGCACUAGACGAGAUGUCAACUCCAGCAACGAAAAAGAGCGACACGAUGCAAUCUUCAGGAAAGUGAGGGGCAUACUCAACAAACUCACGCCUGAGAAGUUUGACAAGCUAUGCCUUGAGCUCCUGAACGUGGGCGUAGAUUCAAAACUCGUCCUUAAAGGAAUCAUCUUGCUGAUUGUAGACAAAGCCCUAGAAGAGCCGAAGUAUAGCUCGCUCUAUGCUCAGCUAUGUCUGCGCUUGGCAGAGGACGCACCAAACUUUGAUGGCUCUUCAUCUGAGAUCCAAACAUCCCAAAAGCAGAGCACAACCUUCAGAAGAUUGCUGAUUUCCAAACUUCAAGAUGAAUUUGAGAACCGCACCAGAAAUGUUGAAAUCUAUGACAAACAUGACAACCCUCUUACUUCUGAGGAGGAGGAGCAGCGUGCCAUCGCCAAGAUCAAGAUGCUUGGCAACAUUAAAUUCAUCGGAGAACUUGGCAAACUUGACCUCAUCCAUGAAUCUAUCCUUCAUAAGUGCAUCAAAACACUUCUGGAAAAGAAGAAGAGAGUCCAGCUCAAGGAUAUGGGGGAGGAUCUGGAGUGCCUCUGUCAGAUAAUGAGGACAGUGGGGCCGAGACUCGACCAUGAGAAAGCAAAGUCUUUAAUGGAUCAGUACUUUGGCCGUAUGCGAUCCUUAAUGAACAACAAGGAGUUGCCCGCUAGGAUCCGCUUCCUACUGCAAGACACAGUGGAACUGCGAGAAAACAACUGGGUCCCCCGCAAGGCUUUCAUUGACAACGGACCAAAGACGAUUAACCAGAUCCGUCAGGAUGCAGUGAAAGAUUUGGGUGUUUUCAUCCCAGCACCCAUGUCUCAGGGGAUGAGGAUGGACUUCUUCCUGGAAAGCCCCUUCAUGCCCAACAGAGUGAAACUGGACAGGGAGACUCUUGGUGGACUGGCCGACAUGUUUGGACAGAUGCCAGGCAGUGGGAUUGGAACAGGACCGGGGGUUAUUCAGGACAGGUACUCCCCCACUAUGGGACGCCAUCGCACCAACCCGCUCUUCAACGGCCACGGUGGCCACAUCGCCCCUCCACCACAGUCACAGUUCGACAUGGGGCCAAAGUCUUUUGUCAAGUCCAACCAGGUUCAGAACCAGCAUUUCCUCAACCAGAACCAGAACCAUAUGGCCCAGCAGCAAGUCCAGUCCAAGGACAUGCCUCCACGAUUCAGCAAGAAAGGACAGCUCAAUGCAGAUGAGAUCAGCCUCAGGCCUGCUCAGUCAUUCCUCCUCAACAAGAACCAGGUCCCCAAGCUCCAGCCCCAGAUCCCCACCAUGAUGCCUCCCAGUGCCCAGCCCCCACGCACUCAGACCCCCCCUCUGGGACAACCUCCACAGCUUGGCCUGAAGACCAACCCUCCACCCAUCCAAGAGAAACCUCAGAAGACAAACAAGAAGCCACCUCCUGCCAAGGAGGAGCUGCUUAAAAUGACUGAGGCGAUCAUGACUGAGUACUUGAACAGUAAGAACCUGACUGAAGCUGUGAGCGGCGUGCGAGAGAUGAAGGCUCCCAAGCACUUCCUGCCAGAGAUGCUGAGUAAGAUCAUUGUGUGUUCUCUGGACCGUCCUGAUGAGGACAAGGAGCACGCGAGCACUCUGAUCCACACACUCCGCACUGAGGGCCUCAUCACCGGAGAGAACUUCAUGCAGGCUUUCCUCAACGUCCUGGACCAGUGCCCUAAGAUCGAGGUGGAUGUGCCUCUGGUAAAGUCCUACCUGGCCCAGUUUGCGGCUCGGGCCAUCAUCGCGGAGCUGGUGAGCGUGGCGGAGCUGGCUCACCCCCUGGAGAACGGCACCCAUUUCCCCCUCUUCCUGCUCUGCCUGCAACAGACAGCCAAGCUGAAGGACCGAGAGUGGCUCACCGACCUUUUCCAGCAGAGCAAGGUCAACAUGCAGAAGAUGCUCCCAGAAAUCGACCAGAACAAAGACCGCAUGCUGGAGAUCCUGGAGGGGAAGGGCCUGAGCUUCCUGUUCCCGCUGCUGAAGCUGGAGAAGGAGCUGCUGAAGCAGAUAAAGGCAGACCCCUCUCCACAGUCCAUCUACAAGUGGAUUAAAGACAACAUCUCUCCCAAGCUUCACACCGAUAAAGGCUUUGUCAACAUCCUCAUGACCAGCUUCCUCCAGUACAUCUCCCAGGAGCUGUGCAUGGCGGAGAGUGACGAACAGCUGGCGGCCCCCUCCAAGGAGCAGCUGGAGCAGGAGAAGCAGCUGCUGCUGGCCUUCAAGCCCGUCAUGCAGAAGUUCCUGCACGACCACACCGAGCUGCAGGUCAGCGCCCUGUACGCCCUGCAGGUGCACUGCAACGCCAGCUCGUUCCCGAAAGGCAUGCUGCUGCGCUACUUUGUCAACUUUUACGACAUGGAGAUCAUUGAAGAAGAAGCCUUCCUUGCAUGGAAAGAAGACAUUACCCAAGAAUAUCCUGGAAAAGGAAAAGCUUUAUUCCAGGUCAACCAGUGGCUCACCUGGCUGGAGACGGCGGAGGAGGAGGAGUCGGAGGACGAAGCAGAUUGAGAAACCAAGCGGAAGCAUGACGGUGUAGAAGAUCAACCUCAUCUUUAUCAUUACAGUCGCCUUUCCUUUAUUAAACUCCAUGCUUAAUUUAACCACUACCACGUGGCACUGGGCUGCUUCUGUCUCACAUCUAUAACCCGAAAGCUCGUACCCGUAGCGCCUCAUGUUACCACCCGUACCGUUACGAUAGGCUGAGAUUUGACCUGUUGCCUGAAUGGUUGUUUGAUUUUGGGAUCUGUGUCCUGAUCGGCUAAAUGGAUUCUGAAUCCUGAAGUGGCUCAGCCAUGUGAUGUUUUGCUUUUUCCCCCUCUCUUUUUGCUCUGAUUGUAUUAAGUUUGUAAGUUUUGGGUUUUUUUUCACUGUAUCGCAUGUUCACCAUUUUCACUCGGUCUUUACUGAUUUGAUCAUUUCCCAAUAGGAGUCUGCUUUAUUUGAGAAUGUGUAGGAUCGCCCCCUUAAAUAAGACAAGCAAGUGCUCCUCUUUGCUCAUGCUAGGUGGCGGCGCAAGACCAUUAACAAAAGGUCUCGUCAGUGAGCUGCUUUGUGGUCCUCUGCAAGGGUCCAGCCUGGAUUUCCUGCCGUCACACCCGUGCGACCCUUUUAAAAAACAAAAUGGAAUUCAAAGUCACUAGACAGGCUGCAGAGUCUUCCCCAUACAGUUAGAGUGAAAGAGAAAACGUGACAUUCGACCUUUUGCUUCAUACGGUAUGAGGAGUGGCAAAGGGAGCCCGCAGAGCCCGUGAGAGUGAAGCAUAAGCUGGCAAGACGUUUCUUGUGCGUGUUUGCCCAAUCCUCUUUACGCGAUUGCUUCCCCCCUUUUUUGUUUUUUUUGUUAUCUGUCCCUCUUUUCUGGUCUUAUAUUACGUGAGUGCUUGCAAUACUUAUCCUCCUCCAAAUGUUACAAUAUUUUAAGAAGCUGUAAUCAUCGGUGUGCCACCGUAACGUUUCAAAGUUGCCUGUGUUUCUACCUCUUAGUUAGAUGGGCUUUUUUUUUGUUUUUGUGCUGGGAUGAUGAAAUCUUGAGAACCUGCAGCCCAAGCACAUGCUGAAGUAUUUGAUUUAGUCCUGGCCCGAUUGCACAAUAAAUUUAUUGAAGCAGACUUUUUUUCCUAUGAAGCUUCACAUGGUUUACAAGUAUUAGUAUUUAAGAAUGGAAGAAAAAGCUCGUUUUUAUUAAUUCGACGGCUGAAAAACGUACCCGUUAAAAGGCGAGGUGUCGAGUUUGGUCUUGCCCAGAACUCGGAGGGACAGCAUGCCUGUGGCCCGUUUCUUUUGACUGCUCACUGUGGAAAAUGACGCAAGUGAAUUUUAAAUGUUUUUCUUAAAUUGGCAGAAAUAAAAGCAGAGCCUUUAGAUAGGUUGUAAUCGAGCUCCCCUCUCACUAAAAUCAGUCUAACAGCUAAUUAAAAUAAGCAUCAAGUAAACAUCAAGUUUUACCUAAGAGUCGUGCUUACAAGCCAUGUUCAUGUAUGAGGCAGUGGAUUCGGAUCAUAUGUAAAGGUAUUCAGAAUUGUUGUGCACCUCUAUUGCUUUAAUGUCAAUAAAGUCCAGUACAUGAGCACCAGAA